CACUUCCGAUGCGAUGACUGCAUGUACCAAUUGCGCCUUCGGCGCAUUGUCGCCCGGAGACCGUCUAGUACGCUGAAGUGGCACCGCCUUAAUGGAGCCUAAUUGUGAUGUGUAUACAAUAUUACAGUCCUGAGUGUGCUAAGUUUGGACGCUUGGAUCAAUGACAUCACAUGGGCCUGGCCUCGCGUUUGCCCACUGUUGGACGCUCCUCACCGCAUUCCAAUAGAACGUACUCUCCUUUUGCCUCCUGCUUCAACCCGACUAUCAUGGCGGAUGAUGUACUCCGAAUAUCUCAAGAGUCCCUACUCCGGUCUGGACGAGAGAGCCCUCCAGGAAGUAAAGUCUCCCUCGCGGAAGCAAGCGGUAUGGAGUCGCAGAGCGCGUCAAAUAGUGCACUUCUUCUGAAUGAGGAUAGUGAUGCCUACUCCGACUCAAAUCAGCCAAACCCCGAUAGUGAAGAGAAACCAAUUCUAGACAAAAAUGAAAGCGACUUGUCCGAAGAAGAGCUCCGACGCCUCUUUGAUGAUGAAGAGAUUGAACAUUUCCUAGGUCUCUUUGCCGAUGCUGUUUCAGAGGUCGCGCUUCCAAACGUUCCCGACGGGGAGAACGAAUAUUUUGGCAAUUUCAUCGAAAUGGAAGAUGAGAUACAGGCUCCUGACUUACCUCCUGUGCAAUCCUGCGGAAGCGGCUGGUUCUCAGUUGAUUCUGCUAAGGUACCAGCUGCGGCUCGCAUUCCACCUUCAGCAUCAAACACACGCUGCAUCUCCGAGUAUAUAGCAUUUUCUUAUUUACUUCCAGUGCUACCCCAAGCACGACCGCGCCCGCAACGAUUCACAGUUGGUCGUCUUAGGAUUGCAAUCCAAAGGUUAUACCUUGUUGCUCACCCAGCAUACGGUGAAUUCUUCUUUCGCUUGACGCGACUAGCAACAUGGAGAAAUAGGAGUGUCAGUGCCUUGUAUUGUACCCUAUUCUGGCUGCUCUGGUAUCACAAUUUGCUCAUGCCGGCGACUUUCUUCCGUAUCCUUUGUUCGCUAUUGCGUCGAAGGCUUGUACCUUAUCUCACCCUUGAAGAACUCCGUAAACGGAGACGCGAGGCUGCGGAGGCGGAGGCACUUGGCGAGCAAAUUCAGGCGAGAUUGGGAACAGCUUCUCCGUCUGGCUUUCUAGAGGCCUGGCGUAUCUAUCGUAUUUUCAGCAAGCCCAAGAAAGUGAAGCAGAAUCGGACGGGGGCUAGUCCCAAUGAAAAGGACAAGAAAAAGUCUACAGAGAAGCAGCAAGAGCGGCAGAAGGGAAAGGCCAACGCUGGGGAGAAAGACCAAGAUCAUGCCGCGGAAUCCGUGGCAAAUCCUGCACGAGACACCACAAGGGAACAGGAUGACGGUUCUACCGUGCUUGACAAUCCGAAUGAAAAUCAAGAAGAGGAAAAUGGAUUCAAGCGUGCGUUGCUCAACUCGAUAAGUGACCUGGCCGAUAUGCACGAGAGAAUAAAGAACAUCUUCCUUUGGCGUCUGCCAUCUACUUCAAGAACGUACUCCGCCUUGCUGGUUUUCCUUACCAUUCUGACAAUCUACCUGCCGACCAAGUAUAUCGUAAAAACCGCAUUGUUCAUUGUGGGCUUCUUGUAUUGGCACGUCAUACCCAUCAUGGCCGCAUUGCCUGCACCCGAUCGAGAACGUCUCCCUCCGCUAUUUGAAACUGCUCCCACGGAUGCGGAGUACGCCAUGGGGCUUAUCUCAGAGCGUAUAGCCCGCGGAGAAGACAUACGGCCGCGAACGAAGCAAGCGACAAAGAAAUCGAAGAGAACGAGUGUACCAGCGCCCAGUAAGUCAACGACAAGCCUUGUCGGGGACAAUCGGGCUUUUGAGGCUUCUGUCCUACCGGACACGGAUGCGAGGUUAACGAGGAACAAAGGCACUGAAGAGAACGUCCAGCCACUUGGUCGGCCAGGCGAAGUGAACUGGAGAAAAUGGGGAGAACGUGCGAAAGAAGUAAAGGAGUGGACAAUGAAGGGCAGGAAGAAGGAUGAAGACGAAAAUGAUACGUGCGAAGGUUCUGCCAGUGAUACGCAUACCUUCCUCGCCCACUACAAAGCUUCUCCGGGCACCUUGUCAAUUUCUCGAGCAGCUCUUUUCUUCACACCUGUCAAGUCCGCGCGUCCACAAAUUCGCAUCGCGCUGGAUGAUGUGCGCGGAGUUAAGAAGAUUGGCUUGCGUUCGAUGCCUGGCCUGAGCAUCAGGUGGCAAAGAAGUCCGGACUCCGGAAGCUACAAUAGGAUGACACCCGAUGCGAUGCGGGAUUUUGAAGUGAUGGAAGAGAAGUUCUGGUGGGUUGGUGGUCGCGACGAGGUGUUUGCGAGACUUGUUGGCCUGGGAGGUCGGAAGUGGCUUAAUGUAUGA